GAGAGAGAGAGAGGGAGGGAGAGAGAGGAGGGGUGGUGGUAAAACAAAACUCUGGGGAUGUGCGUAGAGGGUUACUGACAUUUUCAGGAUACAGAGUUUCAGCAGACCGCAGUUGAGACUGGUGGCUGUGAUGAGGACUGCGCUGCUCUGACUUCCUCAACACCAACUCUGGUCAAAGAUUCUCCAGAAACGAUAAAAAUCUACCUCGCAGAGCCAACUUCAACGAAGUGAGUUGGCCGAAGACUGGACAGGACAUAUAUAACCAACACUGGGCAUCAGUCGUUGCUCUGGGUUUGUGAUGUGACCGCUGGCUGCGCCACAGAGGCGCCUUUACGCACGAUGGAGGACCUUUUACGCGAGCAGGCUGGCUGGGCGCAGAAUGUCACAUGGAUCGUCUCAAGCCGUGAGAAUGACAGCCAUCAAGGAAACAACACAGUGAACCCGUUGAGACGAAAUGAAGAAGUCGCCAAAGUGGAAGUGACCGUCCUGUUCCUGGUCCUUCUGCUCGCGCUGACCGGCAACCUGUGCGUCCUCUGGGCAAUCCACACCGCCAAGCACAGCCAGUCUCGGAUGUAUUACUUCAUGAAGCACUUGAGCAUCGCCGACCUUGUCGUUGCAGUCUUUCAGGUCCUGCCACAGCUCAUUUGGGAUAUCACAUUUCGCUUCUACGGGCCGGACUUGCUGUGCAGAGUGGUUAAAUAUCUCCAGGUCGUGGGUAUGUUUGCGUCCACGUACAUGCUGGUGCUGAUGUCCGUCGACAGGUGCAUCGCUAUCUGCCAACCACUCCGCACCGUGCACAAGAGGAAGGAUCGCUUCUGCGUGAUCGCCUCUUGGACUCUCAGCCUGGUAUUCAGCGCUCCUCAGGCGUAUAUAUUCUCUCUGAAGGAUGUCGGCAACGGCGUGCACGACUGCUGGGGCGACUUCGUGCAGCCCUGGGGUGCCAAAGUAUACAUCACCUGGAUGAGUCUCAGCAUCUACAUCUUCCCAGUGGCCAUUUUAAGCAUAUGCUACGGUUUGAUAUGUUUUAAAAUAUGGCAAAACUUCAAUUUGAAAACUACCCGGGAGUCCUUCCUGGCUCUCACCCCCAAGGCCUCCAAGGGCGCGCAUCCUCUCUCUCGUGUGAGCAGCGUGAGGCUCAUUUCCAAAGCAAAGAUCCGCACAGUGAAGAUGACAUUUGUCGUGGUCCUUGCCUACAUCGUUUGCUGGACUCCCUUCUUCUUUGUCCAGAUGUGGUCUGCGUGGGAUCCUGCUGCACCAAGAGAAGACGUAGCCUUUAUCAUCGCCAUGUUGUUGGCCAGUCUCAACAGCUGCUGCAACCCCUGGAUCUACAUGUUCUUCGCCGGUCACCUGUUCCAUGACUGGAUGCAGUGCCUCCUCUGCUGCUGCAGGCAGCACCUGACAGACUCUUCCUCCAGCUGUGAUAAACACUGCAGGCACAAGAGAAACUCCACCUGCGUCAUCAAGAACACCAGCAGCCAGCGGAGCCUCACGCACACGUCCAGCACGGGGGGGCCGGGCCUGUGAAAAGCCAGCUGAACGCCAUCCAAGCUUCCAAGUAAUUAGACAGAAGCACAAUACCCACUUUGAGUCACUUGAGUAUUUGCAAGUGUUGCUGUGGUGGCCGUUGAUUUCACACGUUUACAUUCAUUUUAAACCGAUGUAAAUAGACAAUAUAAAUGUCCUUUCCAGGUGUGAUCACAGAGGGCAGAACAACAUCAACAUCACUAUGGCAAAAUGUUAUGUAGCUACAUGUGCCAUCAGCUUAACCCUUAGAACAGAGUAUUGCGGCUGCUUUUUUCCAUUACUAUGUUAAA